AACGGUGAUCGGAGUGAUGAACGUCUUUGUGCCGUCUGAGGGAUUCUUUUUGUGGGUUUGUUUAUGUUCAUAUGGCCUUAACAAUUAACACCCAUGUUUGAAGCCACCGAGUACUAACAACUGAAAGACAGCACCAUGGCAAAAGGGAGACAGUUCCUGUUGCUUCUUUGGAAGAAUUACUUGCUGCAGAAGCGCAAGAUUAUUUUGACAGUGUUGGAAAUACUUCUUCCCACACUGUUUGCCGUCUUACUCAUACUUGUUCGUCAGCGAGUCAUAGCUAAUCCUAAGCCAUAUGGCCAAAACUGGUCUGCAUUUGAUGUGGAUACCCUCCCUUCAGAUCUACGUGCAAAAUUCACUGUAGUUCCUCGUGUGGCUUUUACUCCAAACAACAGGGCUGUGAGAACAGUUAUGGAUUCUGUGGGGAAAACACUGAGAGUCAAUGUCACAAAUAAUGGUUUCAACUCUGAAGACAGCAUGGUGGGCUUCAUCAUGACGAACAAUGCCACUGCCCACAACUUCCCACAGUUUCUGGCUGGAGUAGUUUUUCUCAGUGACUUUUUUCAGAAUGGGACAAUAUUUCCAGAGAAAAUUUCCUACAAGCUCAGGUUGAGUUCAUCACCAAAGAAUGCCACCACGCCUAAGUUUUCUCUGAAUCCAUUCAAAAGUGACACAAACUGGUUUACACAGUUUAUGUUUCCAAUGUUUCAGCGAGUAGGGCCCCGUGAAAACAAAACAAUAUUUGGUGGCUUACCAGGGUACUAUCGAGAAGGAUUUCUGUCCUUACAGCAUGCCAUAAACAAGGCUGUGACUGAGUAUAUUGCUGAUGCCAGUGGUACAAAGAAAGAUAAUAGAAGUAACAUUGAUAUAAGGCUGAAACGACACCCAUACCCACCAUUUAAUGAUGAUCCCUUUGUUCUGGUCAUACAACAACAGUUUCCUCUGAUACUCAUGCUAAGCUUUGUGUUGUGUGCCCUCAACAUCGUGAAGGACUUGGUCCAUGAAAGAGAAAGAAAGUUGAAGGAGUCAAUGAAAAUGAUGGGUUUGAACAACUGGCUGCACUGGUUGGCAUGGUUUGUGAAGUAUUUUCUGUUCUUGCUGAUUACUGUGUUUAUCAUGACACUAUUCCUGUGUGUGCCCCUCACCAGCAAAGGCAGUGUGAUCGGGAAAACAGAUAGCUUUGUUGUCUUCAUCUUCCUCAUGGUCUAUGCUGUGGCUACUGUAGCAUUUGCUUUUGCUGUCAGUGUUUUCUUCUCCAGAGCUAAUUCAGCUGCAGCGGCCGCCGGUGUUCUAUUCUUCGUCUCGUAUGUCCCAUACUUCUUCAUUCAGCCUCGCUAUGACACUAUGUCCUGGGGCCUCAAGAUUGCGGUCAGCCUCAUUUCCAAUGUGGGCAUGGCCAUGGGAGCCCAGGUUAUUGGCAUGUUUGAAGGAACAGGUGAGGGAGUACAGUGGAGUAACAUAGCCCAAGGUGUGUCUGUGGAUGAUGACUUUGCUGUGUUACAUGUGAUACUGGUGUUGUUGGUGGACACAGUGUUCUACCUGCUCAUCACCUGGUAUGUGGAAGCUGUAUUCCCAGGAGAGUUUGGUAUUCCUCAGCCGUGGUACUUCCCAUUUCUGAAAACCUACUGGUGUGGAAGCUUGCCUGAGGAACUACUGGUGGAGGAAGAAGAACCUUUGUUACAGAACCCCCACCAUAGUCAGGAGUUCUUUGAAAAGGAUCCACUGGGCCUUAGAGCUGGCAUCCAGAUACAGAAUUUGAGAAAAGAGUUUGAGGGUGGCACUGUGGCUGUUGAUGGGAUGAACCUAAAUCUGUAUGAAGGGCAGAUCACAGUACUGUUGGGUCAUAAUGGAGCAGGCAAAACUACAACUAUGUCCAUGCUAACAGGGUUUAUUCCACCAACCAGUGGUACUGCAGUGGUUAACGGUUACAACCUACGCAAAGAUAUCGCUGGAGUACGAAGUAGCCUGGGACUGUGCCCACAACACGACGUACUGUUUGAUGACUUGACAGUUAAUGAACAUCUGACUUUCUUUGGAUUGUUGAAAGGUUAUCCCAAAUGGAAACUAUCAGAUGAAAUCAGUCGUAUACUGGAAGCCAUUGGCCUGGAGAGCAAGAGGCAUGCACGAUCUAAAACCUUGUCUGGAGGAAUGAAAAGAAAGCUGUCUGUGGGAAUUGCCUUGAUUGGAGAUUCAAAGAUAGUCAUAUUGGAUGAGCCAUCGUCAGGAAUGGACCCUAACGCCCGUCGUCACAUUUGGGGAGUCUUGCAGAAGUUCCGAGCAGGACGCACCAUGUUGUUGACAACUCACUUCAUGGAUGAAGCUGAUGUUCUUGGAGACAGGAUUGCCAUCAUGGCCAAUGGAGUUGUACAGUGCUGUGGAACAUCCAUCUUUCUGAAGAAAAAAUAUGGUGCUGGCUACCACAUGGUGAUGGUGAAGAAACAAAACUGUGAUGUAAAGCAGAUGACAGAGCUGGUACAGAGUUGUGUACCCCAGGCCAGUCUGGAGAGCUGUGUUGGCAUGGAACUGUCCUACAUUCUGCCUGAGGAGAGCUCGAAUCAGUUUGAGGCUCUCUUCUCGCAGGUGGAAAGCCGCAAAGAAGAGCUGGGAAUAUCUAGCUACGGUGCCUCAGUGACAACCAUGGAGGAAGUCUUUCUCAGAGUUGGAGAAACACUUGACACGAAGCAGUAUGUGCCAGGUAGUGCAGGUUACGAGAGCCUGGAAUCUUCACAGUCCCAUCAGGUCUCUCGUAUAGAUGCUUACACAGGUGUUGAGUUCCGUGUGGAGAUGACCAGAAACUCUGGCAUUUACCUGUACUUGCAGCAGUUUUCUGCCAUGUUUAUCAAGAGAGUUCUUCACACAUGGAGGAACAAAUUGGUGACUUUGUCCCAGCUGUUUGUUCCACUUUUCUUCACAAUCAUGGCUCUUAUUGUGAUCAAGACAUUCCCAGGUCCCCAGGAUUCCCCAGCUCUCGAUCUUACCCCCGACAGGUUUUCAGAAAACACCAUUGUCUACUCCUUGGGCCGUUUUGCAGACAAUGACAGUAAACAGUUAGCAGAUUUUUACAGGCAUCAGCUGAAAAACUGUUCCUCCAAGGUGCUCUUCCUGAACAAUCAGACAGGCUACAGAACAGACCCAGAUAUGAUGAACUAUCUGUUUGCUCGCGGUGUGAAGGCCCUUGCCAGUUACAAUCGUCACUUCAUGGUGGCUGCAGCUAUAGAAAAUACCAGUGACUCUCUGGUUAAAGCCACUGCCUUCUUCAACAACCAGGCUUACCAUACCCCAGGAAUGACCCUGGCUGUGUUAGCCAAUGCUUCUCUCAAGUAUUUCACCAAUACGUCCUACUCCAUGACUACCAUAAACCAUCCUCUGCCAAGAACGUUGAAUGACAAAGCUCAGGACGAACUGACCAAGGAAACUACUGGCUUUACUAUUUCUUUUAACCUGAUGUUUGGAAUGUCUUUCCUUGCCAGCAGCUUUGUUCUUUUCCUGGUGAAAGAAAGGGCCACCAAGGCCAAGCAUAUUCAGUUUGUUAGCGGAGUUCAUUCGAUAAACUUUUGGAUAUCUACCUUUUGCUGGGACAUGAUAAAUUUCCUGAUUCCCUCCCUGCUGAUCAUUGCAGCAUUUGCAGCCUUUGAUAUGAAGGCGCUUGUGAAUGAUGGGCGUUGGUUGCACAUGUUACUACUGUUUUUUUUGUAUGGCUGGGCUAUGCUGCCUUUCAUGUACCUCCUGUCCUUCAUCUUCACAGUGCCCUCUUCAGGCCUUGUAUGGCUCAGCAUGUUUAACAUCCUCUCAGGUGUUGCCACCACUCUUGCUGUUGGUAUCUUGAGUAUCCCCCAGUUACAACUGGAGUACUUGUCUACUGCUCUUAAGUGGGUGUUCCUUGCCAUCUUGCCCAACUUCUGUCUGGGACAAAGCCUCAUUGAUUACUACACCAAUUAUCAGGGCCUCUCCAUAUGUGGCAGCAUACCUCCAGAUAAGCUCAAACUCAUCUGUGCUUUUGUGGCCACUCCAUGCUGCAAAGAUCACUGCACAGAAUUCUGCUUCCACUACCAGGAGAACUACCUGGCAUGGGAGGCGGAUGGAAUAGGAAGAGAGUUGGUGUUCCUCUUUGCACAGGGGGUUUUGUUUUUCACCCUGGUGCUGAUUAUAGAUUCAGAGGUCCUGCUUACUCUGUGGUACAAACUGAGGCCACGGUUGACCCUAGUGAGGCAGACUGGGGAGGGGGAGAUGGGGGAAGUGAUACAGGAGGAUGAGGACGUGGCUAGGGAGAGAGCCCGAAUAGCUAACGCUCCCUGGACAGACUCCCUUAUUCUGAAGGAUCUCACUAAAAUGUACAGCUCCGGUUCCCACCUGGCUGUCGACCAGAUUACAUUGGGGGUGCCUCAGGGAGAGUGCUUUGGCUUGCUGGGCAUCAAUGGGGCAGGCAAAACCACCACCUUUAAGAUGAUAACUGGAGAUGAAACAAUUACGUAUGGCAAUGUCCAUGUAGAUGGCAGCAAUGUGCAGACAAACAUCAAAACUGUUCAACAGAAGAUUGGGUAUUGCCCACAGUUUGAUGCACUGAUUGAUCAGUUGACUGGACGAGAGACACUUACCAUGUUUGCACGUCUACGUGGGGUGGUAGAGAAGCAGAUCCCAGCUGUGGUAGAUGCACUGAUCCGAUCAUUGUUACUGGAGGAGCAUGCAGACAAGCUGGCCCAACAUUACAGUGGAGGAAACAAGAGGAAGCUAUCUACAGCCAUAGCGUUGGUGGGAGAUCCUCCGAUUGUGUUCCUGGAUGAACCAACAACUGGCAUGGACCCGGUGGCACGCCGCCUCCUGUGGAACACGCUGACCCGAGUGAGGGACAGUGGCCGCACGCUCAUUCUCACCUCACACAGCAUGGAAGAGUGUGAAGCGUUGUGUACACGUCUGGCCAUCAUGGUGAAUGGCCAGUUUAAGUGCUUGGGCAGUCCACAACACCUGAAGGCCAAGUUUGGCGAGGGCUACACGCUGAUUGUGAAACUGGCUUACCCUGUAGGAGGCAAAGAGCCAGAUGUGGGCCCUAUCAUGGGCUUCAUCCAGCAGACAUUCCCUGGAAGCGUUCUCAAGGACCAUCACGAAGGUAUGGUACACUACCACGUGCACACCACCACGAUGACCUGGGCCGAGAUCUUCGGCACGAUGGAACGGGCUAAGUCUAGGUACCAUAUUGAGGAUUACUCUGUAAGUCAAACUACGUUGGAACUGGUCUUUAUCAGCUUGGCACGCUCACAGGUGCCCCCUGUGGAGCAGGAACCAGGGUGCUGUGGGCCAUGCAGACUCCUUUGUUCAUGAUCAGACUCACACAGCACAGUAUGGGUAAGAAGACUUCUUCAUACUCAACUGAUCAAUAAAACAUGGCAGCAGUGCAAACCCAGUCCAUGCCUCAGUCCCCUUCUUUGGUUGUGAUUAUCAUGUAUGGAAUGCCAGGUCACAAUGCUGUCAUUGUUCAGUAUGGCUACAGUGUAUGUUGGUAGUUUUUAAUGAGGACUUUAGUUCUUGUGGAUCAAUGCAAUAUAUUAUAAUAAUCAUGAACAUGUGCUCAGUUCUUACUUGGCCUGUGCUGUGAGAAUCAAGUUUACUUAGUCCAGACUAAAGCUGUCCUAUAUACAUGUAUGUGUGUAGAAUUGUGAUCACUA